AUGGAAGCCACGAUCGAAAAUACGUUUGGCGCUAUUCAAAUCGGAUCAAUGGCAGCCACAUUUCUUUUUGGAAUCGUCACUCUGCAGUGCCAUGUCUACUACUCCAGCAGGCCAAAAGAUCCUCGAAUUCUGAAGUGGAUGGUCGGGGUCAUUUGGUUUCUCGAGCUAACCCACACGAUCUUCGUCGCAUAUGAAAUUUACAGAACGACCAUCACAUACUAUGGUCUUCCAGGAGCAGUCACAAAAUACCCUGGUUUCGCGGCAGUGAUGCUAUUGGGGGGCUUGAUAACAAUGCUGGUCCAAAACUUCUUCGCAUUGCGUGUCUGGAAAUUUCUCCCUCGGCCAUAUUGCUAUGUCGGCGGCGGGUGCAUCAUCGCUUCCACCGUGCGCUGCAUCCUGAGCAUCUACGCGAGCGUUGAGGGAUUUCUUAUGACUUCUUAUGCGAACUACCUGGUGGAAUUCCAGGACUACCUCACAGCGUUAUUAGCCAUCGGAGCUGCGAUCGACGUCAUCAACGCAGGGUCUCUGUCGUAUUUCUUGUUCAAGCAACGCGAGCUGGCAUUCGCUCGAACCACCAGACUCCUCGACCGACUUAUUGCUUACACCAUUCGAACUGGACUCAUAACCUGUAUUGUAGCCGUCACUGUUUUGAUUCUUUUUCAAACACUUGCUCCCUCUCUUAUUUCCCUUGCUAUGUAUACGGCGUUGGCCAAGCUCUACUCUAAUUCCUUCGUUUCCGCGCUCAAUUCAAGACGCGGCUUUAAGGAAGAACUAUCGGAAUCAUUCUCUUCUGGAGUCUCUUAUCCCAGAUUCGCCGGCGCGGACACUGCGGCGGAAAGCCGCGUUGACGGCGCUAAGUCCACCCAUGCCAUUCCCCUCGAAACACGAACGAGCAACUCUACUCGCAACGACCUAUUGGCUGACGGCCCGCCUUAUCGUGAAGGAGUUAUUCUGAAGGAGCCGUGA